AUGUCUUUGGGUCGGCUUCUGCGGCGUGCCUCCUCCAAGGCCUCUGACCUCCUGACCUUCAACCACAGUGCAUGGGGCGCGUCCUUACGCUCAGGUCUGGACGGAGAGAUCAUCUUCUCCAAAAACAAUGUCUGUGUGCAUCCAGCGGAGCCACUGCCUGGAUUAGCUGAGCACCAUCCAGGGUAUCUGUGUGUCCACGUGGAGAAGGACGAAUGUCUGGGCACCACCCUCAUUCUAACCUGGGUGCCCAACUCCCGCAUCCAGAGGCAGGAUGAGGAGGCCAUGCGCUACAUCACUCCAGAGAGCUCGCCAGUGCGCCGCCACGCACGCCGCAGAGGCCGCAGGCACCACUGUCGGCCCCCUGCAGCUCCUGAGGAGGAGGAGGAGAGGGUCCUGAGCAGCAGCACCUCCGCAGAGGGCAGUGUGGUGGUGGAGCCUGGAGCAGAGCUGCCCUCUGCUGGUGAAGAGGGGGAUGAAGGCUCCUGUGAGUUCUCAGAUGAAGUGAGCCGGGACAGCACCAUGGGCUCAGACUCCGACACCUUCUCCUCUCCAUUCUGCUUGUCUCCAGUCAGCGAGGCUUUGUGUGAGAGCAGCAACUCUGUCUUUUUAGACAACGAGAGCAGGGAGUUGGAAGAGUCCAUGGCGCACUCUGUAAGCUCCGCCUCCAGCCUGGAUAGCCACGCCCCCUCUGAGAGCAGCAGCCAAUCGCAGGCCGUGCGGUGGGAGGAGCAGCAGAGGGUCCUGGCGUUGGAGCAGUUGUGCGGCGUCUUCCGGGUCGACCUGGGGCAUAUGAGGUCACUGCGGCUCUUCUUCAGUGAUGACGCCUGCACCAGUGGACAGUUGGUGAUAGCGAGUCGUGAGAGCCAGUACAAGAUCCUUCAUUUCCACCACGCUGGUCUGGACAAGCUGGCGGAGGUGUUCCAACAGUGGAAGUGCUGUCGAGAAACUCAGGCCAGAGACCAGGUGUCUGAUGAGAAGUCCUGUAUGCAGUUCUCCAUCCAGAGGCCCACCCUGCCGUCCGCCGAGACUCACCCAGAGGAGAAGCUCUACCGGCGGCUGGAGGUCACCACGUGGCUGCGGCACCUCAACCACAGCGGACAAGUGGAGGAGGAGUACAAGCUCAGAAAGGCCAUCUUCUUCGGAGGGAUCGACCCGUCCAUCCGUGGGGAGGUGUGGCCCUUCCUGCUGCACUACUACAGCUGUGAGUCCAGCUCCGGGGAGCGCGAGGCCUGGAGGCUGCAGAAGAGAGCCCACUACCAGGACGUCCAGCAGAGGAGGUUAUCCAUGAGCCCCGAAGAACACAGCGCAUUUUGGAGGAAGGUCCAGUUCACCGUGGACAAAGACGUGGUCAGAACCGAUCGCAGCAACCACUUUUUCCAAGGAGAGAACAACCCUAAUGUGGAGAUCAUGAGGUUAUCCAUGAGCCCCGAAGAACACAGCGCAUUUUGGAGGAAGGUCCAGUUCACCGUGGACAAAGACGUGGUCAGAACCGAUCGCAGCAACCACUUUUUCCAAGGAGAGAACAACCCUAAUGUGGAGAUCAUGAGGCGCAUUUUGCUCAACUAUGCCGUGUUUAACCCCGACAUGGGCUACUGCCAGGGCAUGUCCGACCUGGUGGCCCCGCUGCUCAGUGAGAUCCAGGAUGAAAGCGACACGUUCUGGUGCUUCGUGGGCCUCAUGGAGAACACCAUCUUCAUCAGCUCUCCGCGCGAUGACGACAUGGAGCGGCAGCUGAUGUACCUCCGUGAGCUGCUACGCCUCAUGCUGCCGCGCUUCCACCAGCACCUCACCCACCUGGGGGAGGACGGGCUGCAGCUGCUCUUCUGCCACCGCUGGAUCCUCCUCUGCUUCAAGAGGGAGUUCCCCGACACGGACGCCCUGCGCAUGUGGGAGGCCUGCUGGGCACACUACCAGACGGACUACUUCCACCUGUUCCUGUGUGUGGCCAUCAUUGUUCUCUACGGGGAGGACGUCACGGAGCAGCAGCUUCCCACCGACCAGAUGCUGCUGCACUUCAGUAACCUAUCCAUGCACAUGAACGGAGAGCUGGUGCUACGCAAGGCUCGCAGUCUCCUGUACCAAUUCCGCCUCUUGCCCCGGAUCCCGUGCAGCCUGCAUGACCUGUGCAAGCUGUGCGGGCCGGGCAUGUGGGACAGCCGCUACAUCCCCACCGUGGAAUGUUCCGGAGAGCACCCCGACUCCCAGAGCUGUCCGUACGGGGGCACGUCCACCCCUCGGCCCUGCUCUCCUUCCCCCGCCACCACGCCUUCGCAGUCCCCCGCGCCCACGCCCUCUCCGGACUGCAAGCGGACCUCCAAAACCAGGGACAUAUUCACCUUCAGGAAACAGAGCUGA